AUGGCCACCUCAGCUUUAUCCGCAGAAACCCUGUUCGACUCUCUGGGUCAACAGUACGAAGAUGCCUACAUGAACAAUCCAACCCUCAAAGAAACGGUAACCGAUGCCAUCUCCCUCCUCCCUCCUCAAUCCCAUGUCCUCGACGUAGGCUGUGGCACGGGCAAACCAGUCGCAAGCAACGUCGCUCUGGCCGGCCACAACGUACACGGCAUCGAUAUCUCCACUGCGAUGAUCAAGAUCGCGUCAUCCAACAUCAAGGGUAAAUUUGAAAAAGCAGAUAUGCUCACUUUCCAGCCUACAAUGAAAUAUGACGCUAUAUUCUCCAUCUUCUCUAUGUUCCAGCUCACCCAUUCGCAGACAUACACCAAGAUGCUGAACUACUGUGACUGGCUCAAACAAGACGGGGUAUUAGUUCUAGGGACCAUCCCCGCUACAUCUCUCGUGCAUGAUGAAACUCUCUAUGACAGCACUGGAAAGUUGGUUCGCCACGCCGAUCUGAUAUUCAUGAACCAUCGCUUCACAGGAACACUGUACACAACUGCUGGCUGGCAUGACCUGGUCCAGAAAUGUGGAUUUGAAAUUGUCAGCGAGAAAUUUGCGAGCUUUUCCUCCCCCCCGCCGUACGAAAAGGAGAUCCAGGAUCAUUAUUUCAUCAUUGCUAAAAAGGUCGUGCAGCAUGCACUUAUGGCUCCUUAUCCCCUUCCAACAAAAUACAGAGGGCCGCACCCGCUGAGUGAGGGCGCCUGGGCACCAUUCUCGGAGAGACUUGUCCGGGACGAGUUCGAUGCCGUGCUUGAUAUCCUGAAAGGAAAUAGAAGGGUUUUGGAUGUGGGCAGCGGUCAUGGGAUUCCUAGCCCUGACAGCACCGCUUGA